AUCCUCAUUAUGGCUGUUCAUCGCCUCUGGUUUUAUAAUGGUUUACGGCAGCUAUAAGAACAGGCGUAAUUUUUGAUAGAUUUUGAUAAACAAGGUCUCAUUUUAAAGACGAAGCUUUAAUUUAGGACCCCGCUUUGUAGUUUAUAUUUUGUCCAUACUUGUCGCUGAAGUCACACACGCUUCGAGUGAAAGGUGAUGAACAGCCUUAUACAUAGAUCGAAUAUUCAUCUGAUGCUUUUGAUGGAAAAUUGUAGAUAAGUUGCAUGUGAAAGCACAUGGUUAAUUUUGUUAUUUGUGAAACAGUAUUAUCAGCUUAGUUAGCUUAGUUAGCCGGCAGAAAUUGAAAUUAGGAUAAUUAUUGACACAAAAAUGGUCGAUGCACAGAUAGAAUCGAAUAACGAUGAAAAUGUGCCUGAAAAAACUGCUAGGCAAUUGCAAAAGGAAGCUAAGAAAAUGGCAAAACUGGAAAAGUUUAAACAGAAACAAGAAAAAAAAGAAACUGGCAAGCCGGUUAAAGUGAAAGAAACAACAGAGAAAAUUGAUAAGAAAAAGGAUAGUAAGGAUACUACCUUAUAUACUGUAAACACACCAGUAGGAGAAAAGAAAGAUGUUACUGGUGCAAUGCCUGAUACUUAUAGUCCACAAUAUGUAGAGGCUGCUUGGUAUGCCUGGUGGGAAAAACAAGGAUUUUUUAAACCUGAAUAUGGGAGGAAAAGUGUAUUGGAAACGAAUCCUAAAGGAAAGUUUGUAAUGGUAAUACCACCGCCAAAUGUAACUGGUUUUCUUCAUCUUGGUCAUGCCUUAACUAAUGCUAUCGAAGAUGCUAUUACAAGAUGGAACCGUAUGAAAGGAUGUACUACUCUUUGGAAUCCAGGUUGUGAUCAUGCGGGUAUUGCAACUCAAGUAGUUGUAGAAAAGAAACUUUGGAGAGAAGAGCAAAAAACUAGGCAUGAUAUAGGCAGAGACAAAUUUAUUGAAAAAGUAUGGCAAUGGAAAUAUGAAAAAGGGGAUAGAAUUUAUACACAAUUACGAAAAUUAGGUGGUUCCUUUGAUUGGGAUCGUGCUUCUUUUACUAUGGAUCCGAAAUUAUGUCGUGCUGUAACUGAAGCAUUUAUAAGACUUCAUGAUGAUGGCACAAUUUAUAGAAAUAGUCGUCUUGUCAACUGGUCGUGUAGUUUGAAAAGUGCAAUAUCAGAUAUUGAAGUUGAUAAAAUGGAAUUGACUGGUCGCACUUUGUUAUCUAUUCCUGGUUAUAAAGAAAAAAUUGAAUUUGGUAUAUUAGUAUUCUUUGCAUAUGAAAUUGAAAACUCUACAGAUAAAAUAAUUAUAGCAACAACUCGUAUUGAAACAAUGUUAGGAGAUAGUGCAAUUGCGGUACACCCAAAAGAUACACGAUAUAUUCAAUAUAUUGGAAAAUAUGUACAGCAUCCUUUCUGUGAAAGAAGAAUACCUAUUAUUGCAGAUGAAUUUGUUGAAAUGGAGUUUGGUACUGGAGCUGUAAAGAUUACACCAGCUCAUGAUCCAAAUGACUAUGAAGUUGGGAAAAGGCACAAUCUUCCAUUUAUUACUAUCUUUGAUGACAAUGGAAAUAUUAUCGGCGAUUGUGGAAAAUUCACGGGAAUGAAAAGAUUUGAAGCUAGGAAGGCAAUUAUACAAAAUUUAAAGGAAAAAAAUUUGUUCAUUGAAAUCAAAGAUAAUCCAAUGAUAGUGCCAAUAUGUAGUCGAUCCAAAGAUGUAGUUGAGCCUCUCAUAAAACCACAGUGGUAUAUUAAAUGUGAUGAAAUGGCCAAGACAGCUAUGAAAGCAGUAAAAGAUGGUGAUUUAAAGAUUAUUCCAGAACAAUAUAAAAAAACAUGGUAUCGCUGGAUGGAUGGUAUCAAAGAUUGGUGUAUUUCGCGACAAUUGUGGUGGGGCCAUCGUAUUCCUGCUUAUCUUAUUAAAAAUAUAAAUAAUACUAUAAAUGAAGAAAAGACAGAUGAUACAUAUUGGGUUAGUGCUCACUCUGAAAACGAGGCUAAAGAAAAAGCAGCUAAAAAAUAUGGUCUAGAUAUUAAUGACAUUAUUCUUGAACAAGAUCCUGAUGUUCUAGAUACUUGGUUCUCUUCUGGCCUGUUUCCAUUUUCUAUAUUUGGAUGGCCUGAUAAUACAGAAGAUCUGAAAGCUUUUUAUCCAGGUACAUUACUAGAAACUGGACAUGAUAUAUUAUUCUUUUGGGUUGCAAGAAUGGUAUUUCUAGGGCAAAAAUUGUUAGGAAGACUACCUUUCAAGGAAGUAUAUUUACAUGCUAUGGUAAGAGAUGCUCAUGGAAGAAAAAUGAGCAAAUCUCUAGGUAAUGUAAUUGAUCCAAUGGAUGUUAUCAAGGGAAUAUCUUUGGAGAAUCUUCAUAAGCAACUCUUAGAUUCAAAUAUAGAUUCAAAUGAACUUAAACGAGCCAUUGAAGGACAAAAACGGGAUUAUCCACAAGGCAUACCUGAAUGUGGAACCGAUGCUUUACGAUUUGCUCUUUGUGCUUAUACUACACAAGGUCGUGAUAUCAAUCUAGAUAUUCUUCGCGUCCAAGGUUAUAGAUUCUUCUGCAAUAAAAUUUGGAAUGCUACUAAAUUUGCAUUGAUGUACUUAAGUUCUGAAUUAAAUUAUGACGAAUCUCAAUCGAAUGGAAUUGGUAUGAUUGGUGAUUACAAAUGGUACCAAUCAACUUUAAAGGAAACAUGCAUACAAGAUGCAUUAAAUAAUUAUUUAGAAAAUUACCCUUAUCUUGAUGGAUAUACACCAUCUCAAGCUGAUGUUAAAAUUUAUAAUAUUUUGAAUUCUCUGGAUGUUCAGUUUUCAAAUUAUCCUCAUUUAUAUCGUUGGUAUAAUCACAUGGAAACCUUCAAUGAACAUGAAAAAUCUAUUUUUCGCAUAGAACAAAAUACAAUGCUACCACAAUGUGCAUGUAAAGAUCAUAAGAAUAACAAUAAUUCUCAAUUAACAGGUAAAGAAACAAAUGUAGAUUUAUGGAUGCUCUCAAGAGUAAGUUAUACAGUUGAGACCUGUAAUGAAGCUAUGACACAAUAUGAUUUUACAACAGCAACAACUGCAUGUUAUAACAUGUGGUUGUACGAUUUGUGUGAUGUUUACUUGGAAUACCUCAAACCAAUAUUUCAAAGUAGUAGUAAUAAUAAUGAAACUAAAUUGCAAGCAAGAAAAGUGUUAUUCAAAACUUUUGAUGUUGGAUUAAGACUAUUACAUCCUUUUAUGCCAUUUAUAACUGAAGAACUUUAUCAACGUUUGCCUUGUAAAAAACAAACUUAUCCAAGCAUAUGCAUUAGUCCUUAUCCUGAUGUUAUAGAGUGUCCAUGGAGAAAUUGUGAAAUAGAAAAAGACAUUGAUUUUGCGCAAAAAGUAAUAAAAAAUAUUAGAUCAGCAAGGGCGACUUAUAAUCUACCAAAUAAACUAAAAACUGAAGGAUAUAUCAAAUGUGAUGAUCAUGCAUUAAUAAAUAGGAUUGUAAAAUAUCAAAGCUUAAUAGAAACUUUGGCUUAUUCCACAAUUAGCUUAGAGAAACCUCCUUUGGGAUGUGCUAUUGUUACAAUAACGGACAAACUUCAAAUACACCUAUUGCUAAAGGGUUUAAUUGAUCCAAAAAAAGAGUUAGAAAAACUUAAAAAGAAAGAAGUACAAUUAACAGAAAUUGUACAAAAUAUUAAACAAGCUAUGUCUGUUACUGAUUAUCAUAUUAAAGUACCUCUUGAUGUACAAAAGAGUAAUGAAGAAAAAAUGAGUAAUAGUGAAGGAGAAUUACAAAGAAUAGUUGAUGCAAUAACAGCUGUACUAACUAUCUAAUAUUUGUAUACGAUAUUAUAGCUUUUAGAAUUUA